UCUCACUGUUUCUCAGGUUACGGGCCUCCCGAGUGUUGCUGGUUGGGAUGAAGGGCCUUGGAGCUGAAGUGGCCAAAAACCUUAUUCUGGCUGGAGUCAAGGCAUUGACUCUGCUCGAUCAUCAGCAGGCAACCGGAGAAGAUGCGCGCUCCCAGUUCCUCAUCCCCACGGGAUCCCUCGGGAGAAACCGGGCCGAGGCGUCCCUGGAGCGAGCACAGAACCUGAACCCCAUGGUGGAAGUCAAGGUCAAUACCGACAACAUCAGGGACAAGCCAGAGGAGUUCUUCACGCAGUUUGAUGCAGUGUGUCUGACCUGCUGUGCCCGUGAUGUGAUGGUCAGAAUCGAUCACCUCUGCCACACUCACAACAUCAAGUUCUUCGCUGGCGACGUCUUCGGUUACAUUGGCUACAUGUUCGCCGACUUGGGAGAGCACGAGUUUGUGGAAGAGAAGCCGAAGGUGGUAAAGGUUGGACAAGGAGACGAGGACGGGCCCCAAGCUAAGAAGGUCAAGAUUGAUCCUAAUGAGACGACCAUGGUUAAGAAGACGGUGAAGUUUUGCCGGCUGAAGGAUGCCCUGGAAGUGGAUUGGAGAGGCGAGAAGGCAAAGGCAGCUCUGAAGAGAACGUCUAGCGACUACUUUCUGCUGCAAGGUAACCUGAAACACUCCUUGGCAGGUCGUUGGAGCUGAACGCAUCGUGUAAUG